CCGAAAGCGACAGUUUUCAUUCAAAUUUGACCAAAGGCAGUGGAUAAGCAAAAAUCUGUGCGAGCAUGAAAAAUUUGCUUAAAAUAUUCCUACCAUUUAUUUUCAUUUUUGGAACUAAAGCAACCGGAUGUGGUCAAACGCAAAUCUACCCGUGGAAGUUUCCUAACAGUGGUAACUCUCCUGCGCUGGGAUCCUGGCCCUGGCAUGGGGCACUUUUCCGUAGAGAUCCCCAGCUCGACACCUAUGUCUGCGGAGUUACGAUCCUUUCGAAACGGUUUGUCCUGACCAUUGCUUACUGUUUAACGGAUCCGAUAACUCAGAAACAAAUCCCCGAAAAUCGAUUGUUCGUACGGGUUGGAAUAACGCUGGUAGAUCCACCGGAAGGACACUAUCAAAGCCACGAUGUCAAAGCAAUGUUCAUCCACGAAGCCUUCAAUUGGGACCAGGUCGAGGACGAUAUCGCGCUGCUCCGUUUGGCAACCAAAAUUACGUACUCCGAUUAUGUGCAACCGAUCUGCAUGUGGCAGGGAAACUCAUCGGUGGAACAGAUCGUCAAUCGAACAGGCUUCAUUGUCGGUUGGGGUGGAAAAGAGGACAAUGGAAUGGCCAAAAACUUGAUAGAAGCUCCAAUGACGAUCAUAUCGGAGCAAAUCUGUAUCGGUGUUGAUCCGGUGCAAUUUUUGUGGCUGUAUCAUGAGGAUAAAACCUUCUGUGCUACUAAUGCCAAUGAAACGAAACCGCAACGAAUUGAUCGAGGCAGUGGACUGUACUUGGAGGUCGAAGAUCGUUGGACCUUGCGCGGGAUCGCUAGUAGGGCACAGUAUAGUCUGAGCUCGGGUGGCUAUUACCGGAUGUUUACCGAUGUUUUGUACCAUUUGGAAUGGAUCCGCUCAAAGGGAGUUAUUGUAGAUGGCAAGGAAAACUAAAA